AUGGGAGGCUCAAUAAUUAAUGAAACACUAAAGACAAAUUCAAGAUACAGUAGUGAUAGUCGCAGUGGCUUUUCUAGUAUUAAUCACUAGUAAUCACUUAACUAACAGAAAGUUGAUUAAGUUGAUAAGGAAAUGAAAUAGAUAGAAGAGGAAAUGUAUCAGCACCAGCAAACUGCUAAAAAACAAGAGGAAAUAAAAGAGGAGGUUAUUAAGAAGUAUUAAGAGGGGAAUAACUUACUGCAGAAUAUUAUUUAGUAGCUUGAAGAAUAAAUAAAAUCAAAACUAGAAAAACAAAGGAAGGUUAAUACAGUUAUGACUCAUAGAGAUGUAGGAUAAGUACAUCCAAGUGUAUAAGAAAGAAAUAGUCAUCUAUAAAAACUUUAAAUAAAGAUUAAUGGCCAAAAGCAGCAUAUAACUUCCCUUAAAUAGAAGAUUGAGUCAGUUGUUUAGUCAGGAGUCAAAACUGAAAUGGACAACAAACUAUCUGAUUUGCUAAGAGAAAUUAAGCAGCUUAAAUCAUAAAAGAAAACACUUUCAGAUGUUAAUGUUAUCCAACUAAAUGCAUAUAGCUAAUUGACUGGAGAUACAGAUUAUGCAGGCCAGAUUAAAAAGAUAAAUUAAUAAAUAUAAUAGUUUAAGGAUCAAUGCAAAGUUUUACAAGAUUAGAGAUAGCAAGAAGAUAAUAACUUUAGAAGUUAGUUUGAACGCUUAUCAAUGGCUGAAGAGUAAAGAUUCAAGCUAAGAGAAUAAAUCAUCCAAGUCAAGAACACAUUCAGAUAGUCUAUUGAUAUAAAUUCAGGUGGCUUGCAAUCAUAAAGAGGAACCUCAUCUGAUAUACAAUUGCCAAAGCUACUUAGAGUUAAUUCUUAGACAAGAAGAAUUAACAAGGCCGCUGAUUAAGAAUUGAGGGGUGCUGCUGCCUUAUAAAAUGGUAUAUUAAGUAUCUAGAAAAAAUAUCGCUUUUAAAAGAAGAAAAUUGAAUAAGAUCUUGAAAAUAUAGCAAGAGAAAUGGAAUGUAUGGAAAUCGAAAUAGCCAAGAAAAAUGAUGAAAACAUUGACUUAUAGGAACAAAUAAAAGAUCAAACUAAAAAGUAAUAAUAAUUUUAGCAGCAAUAGGAUAAUUAAUAAAUUUAAUGA